AUGGCUUCUUGCAGCACCUUCUUGUCUGAAGAUCAGUUCCUGUGUUCUAUCUGUCUGGAUGUGUUCACCUAUCCUGUCACAAUUUCAUGUGGACAAAACUUCUGCAAAGCCUGUAUCACCAAGUACUGGGACAACAGUGACCUGUGUCAAUGUCCCAUGUGUAAAAUGACUUUUGAUAAGAGACCAGAUUUCUAUGUCAAUACUUCCAUCUCUGAGAUGGCUGCUCAGUUUAGGAAGUCAGAGCCACUGAAAGCUACCAUCAGUCCAGACCUGCGUCCUACUAAACCUGAAGUGUCAUGUGACAUCUGUACAGGUACCAAGCUCAAGGCCCUGAAGUCCUGUCUGGGGUGUCUGGCCUCAUACUGUGAGACUCACCUGGAAACAGUACAUAACACCCAUGACACUGUCACUUUAGAGGACGAGUACAAACCAAAAAAGGAUGAUCUGGGGAAGUUGAUGGCUGAGAUGAACCAGAUGAUGGAAGAAAGAUCUAGGAAGGUUCAGGAGAUCAAACUCUCAGUAGAGACCAGCAAGAGUGAUGCAGAGAAAGAUAUAUCAGACAGUGUUCAGGUCUUCACUGCUCUAGUGCGCUCCUUUGAGAGAAUCCAUGCUGAGAUCAUUGAGGUGAUGGAGGAGAAGCAGAAAGCAGCUGAGAAACAGGCUGAAAGGUUGAUUAAAGAUCUGGAGCAGGAGAUCACUGAGCUGAAGAGGAGAAGCACUGAGCUGGAGCAGCUCUCACACACUGAGGACCACCUCCAUCUGCUCCAGAGCUUCCCAUCCCUGAGCACCCCUCUACACACUAAGGACUGGUCUGAGAUCAGUGUCCACAGUGGUCUGAUCUUGGCGGCAGUGAGGAGAGCUGUGUCUCAGCUGGAGGAGACACUCAAUAAAGAGAUGGAGAAGCUGCCUGAAGUCAAGCUGAAGAGGAUUCAGCAGUAUGCAGUGGAUGUGACUCUGGACCCUGAUACAGCACAUCCCUAUCUCAUCCUGUCUGAGGAUGGGAAACAAGUGAGACUUGGAGGCAUAAAGCUGGUUCUCCCUGACAACCCAGAGAGGUUUGAUCUUUGUAACAAUGUUCUGGGAAAGCAGGGCUUCUCCUCAGGGAGGUUCUACUAUGAGGUGCUCGUUGAGGGGAAGACUAACUGGGGUCUGGGAGUGGUUAGAGACUCCAUCAACAGAAAGGGGAAGAUCACAGCGAGUCCUAAGAAUGGAUAUUGGAUUGUAGUCCUGAAGAAUGGUAACAAGUAUAUAGCUUCUGGCCGCUCUGUCCUCUCCCUGAGACAGAAGCCCCAGAAGGUGGGGGUGUUUGUGGACUAUGAGGAGGGUCUGGUCUCCUUUUAUGAUGUGGAGGCCAGGUCUCAUAUCUACUCUUUCACUGGCUGCACCUUUACUAAGAAACUCUAUCCACUCUUCAGUCCCUUUCUGAACGAUGGAGGUAAAAACUCUGUCCCCCUGCUCAUCACUCCUGUCACACGCUAA